AUGGCGAUGAGAUUGCUGAGGACCUAUUCGACGGGUUCGUCGUCCUCGUCGCUGGAUUCGUGCAGUACUUGCAGUACCUGCAGCAGUAGCAGCUCCUCGAGCGCGUCCUCUACGAGUUCGUCCGAGGCGAGUUUCAGCUCGCAGAGCACCAUCGUCAAUGAUCCAGCGGAUAUUAGAAGAUUUGGAAACACCAAAUACAACUACUUCUGGAUUGAAAUGAGAGCCAGAUCCAAUCCUAGACUUCCGUAUUACUACAAUAGCAAAAGUCAAGCAGUGGUCUGGAACCGACCUGUACCGAAGAGCGUCAGACUACCUGUUUUCAUUGAUAAAUGGGGUGGAUCUCAACGAUUAUCAUCAGAAAACGAGGAAGAUCUCAAUUUAUCAGACGUAGAAGCUGCUCAUCGUAAACGUCUAAUUCAUAAGAAAAAAGAAAAGCGACUUCUCAAAAAAGGAAUGACUGGAAUUCUUACAGUCAAACAAGUAACGAAAAAUACAAAAAUGAUGAAUACUCUGUGGAAAUUAUAUAGAAUUCCAGGAGAAAACAUUAAAGAAACUACCCAGAGAUUAUUUCCUACUGAAGAUUCAGAAACCAAUCCAAUGAAUGAGAACGAAAAAAAUGAGCCAUUGAGUAGAUACAAGGCUGCUUUUGAAAAUGGUUGCGAAGGUGAUAAAAUUGAUGGUAAUGAUUCUGACUCUGAUGAUCCUGAUGGCGUUUGUAGAAUUAUUAGACAAGAAUUUUUCACAAAACAUCAUCACUCGGACUCUGACAAUGAAGAAAAAAAAGAUGAAGAUGAAGAGUCUGAAUCUGAAGAAUAUGAAGGUUUUAGUUCUGGAGAAAGUGAAUAUUCAGAAAGUUCAGAGUUUGAUGAAGAAUUAAAUUGCAACAAUGUUUUAAAUACUCAAAAUGAAAUUUUUAAUGACUUAGACACCAUAGAAACACAAAAUAAUGAUGAUGAUUUUGAUCAUGACUAUGAAGUACAAUGUGAAUUGUUAAAUAUGUUAGAUAUUGAAAUCACUGAAAACAAUGAAAGUAUACCUCUAGUAGAGAAUCUUACGCAUACUCCAGAUAACACUGUGUCAAAUAGUGAUACAAAAAAUAAUUCAACUUUCGAUAAUGUCACAUUAACUAAAGAAUUGUUAAAUUCAUUUUAUCAUAAGCCUAAAAGUGCUAAAAGAAAACGUCAAUUAUUAUUGAAAAAAAAGAAACGAAGAGAAGAAGCGCUGGCUAAAAAAUUACAAUUGUUAAACCAACACAAAAAUGAAGUAGAAACAGCUCCUACAAAUAAUGUCACCGACGAAAGACCAAUUAUAUGUGAAAUUAAUGGAAUUCGUACCAUUAAUUAUAAUUAUUUACCAUCAUCUAAAAUAAAUGUACCUGAGGGGCAAAAAAUUUCAAGAUUAAGUGAUAGUAGUGAUGACUCUGAAGAUGGGGAAUGCAAAACCGCUGAUGCUGAAAACAAAGAACAAUCAAAUGAAAAUAGUACCUCUAAAGAUGAAUGUAACAAUAAAGGAAAAGAAAAGAAAGAUUUAGAGCUACGGAAUUGGUUUCCUAAAAAACGCAGAAAAGUAAGAAGGAGAAGUCAAAGUAAAUCUGAAAGUUCAUGGCAUGAAUCAAAUUCUUCAGCAAACUCUGGAAGUGAUGACUCUGACAGACCAAAGGCACAAAUGAAAAGAAAAAAGUUCAAUGAUGAAACAAACAAUAGUCCAGCAGUAAAUGUAAUUAAAAAAGAGAAAUCGUCAAGAAUCCCACUACAUGAGUGUGUAAAUGUGAAUGUUAAUGGGGUAAACCAUAAGACAUUAUCUGAAAGUGAUGACUCAGAUGAACCAACAGUGAGUAUGAAAAGAAAAAGGUUUAAUGAAGAAACAGACGAUGGUCCAGCUAAGAAGGUAAUGAAAAAAGAGCAACCUCCAACAAUUGCACAAAAUGAGUGUGCAAAUUUGACUGUUGAUGAUGCAAACCCUAAAGAAGUUUCUAUGGAAAUGCCACUUUUAAAAUCUCAAUCGUGUAAUGAUGAAACUUUUGAUAAAACAGAAGUUUCAAAAACAGUUGAAACUUCAAUUCAAGCGGAACCCAAAAAUUCAGUUGAGUCUGAUAUGGAAAAUUUAUUUAAAACUGUUGUUGAUGAUUCAAUUGAAGCUGCUCUUGCAGUUGAAAAUUUAAUUGAAGCUGAACCUUCAAUUGAGUAUGAUAUUGAAGAUUUAGCUAAAACUCUUGCUAAUGAUUCAAUCGAAGCUGCUCUUGCAGUUGAAAAUUUAAUUGAAGCUGAACCUAUAAAUUCUGUUGAGUAUAAUAUUGAAGAUUUAGCUAAAACUCUUGCUAAUGAUUCAAUCGAAGCUGCUCUUGCAGUUGAAAAUUUAAUUGAAGCUGAACCUAUAAAUUCUGUUGAGUAUAAUAUUGAAGAUUUAGCUAAAACUCUCGCUAACGAUUCAAUCAAAGCUGCUGUUGCAGUUGAAAAUUUAAUUGAAGCUGAACCUAAGAAUUCAGUAGAGUAUGAUAUUGAAGAUUUAGUUAAAACUCUUGCUAAUGAUUCGAUCGAAGCUGCUCUUGCAGUUGAAAAUUUAAUUGAAGCUGAACCUAAGAAUUCAGUAGAGUAUGAUAUUGAAGAUUUAGUUAAAAUUCUUGCUAAUGAUUCAAUCGAAGCUGCUCUUGCAGCUGAAAAUUUAAUUGAAGCUCAACCUAAGAAUUCAGUAGAAUAUGAUAUUGAAGAUUUAGUUAAAACUCUUGCUAAUGAUUCAAUCGAAGCUGCUCUUGCAGUUGAAAAUUUAACUGAAGCUGAUUCUGGUCUGGAAAAUUUAGAAAAUGCUUUUACUCAAAAUGAAAUUGAAGCUGCUGUUGCAGUCGAAAAUUUAAUUGAAGCUGAGCCUGAUUAUGCAAUCAAUUCUCAAAUUAAAGAUUCAGUAGAACCUUCUGCUAAAAACUUAAUUAAAACUGCUUUUGAUCUUGCUCUUGCAGACAAAGACUUAGAUUCAAAUGAUUCUGAUUCAAAAAAUGAAAUGGUAAAAGAGAACAAUAUUGAAAUGAAUCAAAAAAAAGAAAAUUUGGAAAGUAUAAAUAAUGAUCUCUGGUCAGAAAAUAAAAAUAUUAAUGAUAAAAGUAGUGAAAUAUGCGUAGAGAAUAAAAAUGUAAAUACUGAAAACAAUGAAAGAACUGCAGAAAAUGGAAAUUUGAAUGACAUAACUAAGGGAAUACACGCAGAGAAUGAAAACUUUGAUAAAGUAGAUAAAAUGUGUACAGAAAAUCCUAAUUUAGAUGAUGAAAAUGCUGAAAUGAAUGAUGAACAUUCGGUAGAUAGUAAGUCAGAAAGUGAAAACGAUGAAAUACUUACAGAUGAUGAAUAUUUGGUAGAUAAAAAGUCAGAAAUUGGAAACGAUGAAAUACUUACAGAUGAUGAAUAUUUUGUAGAUAAAAAGUCAGAAAAUGAAGAAGAUGAAAUACUCACAGACGAUGAAUAUGUGGUAGAUAGAAAUAAAGAAUUUAGUCCAGGAAAAGAAAAUGUCAAGGAAGGAAAAGAUAAUGUCGUUAUAGAAAAUGAUGAAGCGUGUGAUAGGAACAAUGGUUUGAAAGAAGAAAAUGGUGAACCAAGUGCCUCGAUAAAAAAUAAACUUUUCAAAGGUCUGAAGAAAUUGAUAAGUAGUAUAAAUAAAUGA